AUUGGCCAAUACAUUUGGCUGUUUCCGGGGGGAGUGGGGGCUUCGGUGCCGACAAGGAGGAGACAGCUCGUCGGCUUCUCUUCCUCUUGCCGCUGCUUGCCUUGUUGUUGUUAGCCGACGACGGUGGAGAAGACAAAAGAGGAGUGCUGGUCGCAGUGCAGCGACUGAGAAAGCUCACCUACCGACUCUUUUGUCUUUCCUCCGUGCACGCCAGCCCCAUCCACCUCCUCCUCCGCCGACGGUGGCGGCGCCGCCCCCACGCCUCUUCCUGCCAGCACCGUGCCCGGAGAUCGAGAAGAGAUCCUUCGUGAACACACUUGAGGUAUGCAAUUUUCCAUCUUCAUUCUUCUUUCAAUUGACAGGAAUAUAUGUUUCUAUCCCUCAUUAGAGUGAUAUAAAUUCGAUAUAAAUAACCAAACUUGGUUGCAUGAGAUGGAACUCAGAUGAUGAAGCUCUAUCUAUUGUCCAUGUACAAUAGAAAGAGCAGAGAAGCAGGAGGAGGGUGUGAUAAUUUCACCAUGGUCAUAGAAGUAGCCCUUUGUCCGGAGGGUCGAAGCUGGAUCAGGCUGUCUCCAAGUCAGCUUCAGGCAACGGGAGAGGAGGCCAUCACUUUUGUUGUCAAUCAGUACAUCACCUGUCCAUCUCUGACUCCCAUCAGCUGUACCACCGAGGAGACAGUGUUGAUGGGGGGAAUGUGAAAGCCAGAUCAUAUCAUUGCAGCUUUCACAGCUGUUCAUGAGGCUGGGAGGAGGAGGAGAGGAGGAGGGAAGAGGGAGGAGGGGAAAAAGAAAUCGAUCCGGUGUGCCCUUAAUUCCUCACUGUGUUGGGGGGGACAUGUGAGAUGUGUCUCGUUACCGGGGAGAAGAGUGAAUAUUUCUGGAGAUCCUUCUCCUCGAGGUCACAUGCAAACCUGCACUGUUGCCUCGAGCUUUCAUGACAAAGGGACCUCCAUUAGGUGGGUUGCUACUAGUACCCAUGUUGGCACCAGCGUUCGAUAACAUGUGUUGGAUUCCAUGGAACUUUGCAUUUGGAGGUAGCAGUCACAAGAGAAAGAAGAAGAAGAAGUGAUUCAUGUGCUGGAAUCAUGUGGAAGCUGUGUUGUGUGUCGAUGUUUUGACAUGAGAGUGGUGGCAAGUGAGAUGUGGCAAUCUAAGAGAGCACAUCCGGCUUACCCCCUGUCGCCGUGUCUUAAAUGCUGCAUCUGACCAAUUGCAUUCUUUGUGCCUCUUUCCAUCGAUGCAGUCCACGUCAAGUCCUCAGGCAUCGAGAUAAGGUGAGCCCCCCACCCAUCUUGAUGGUUACACGCGGGGAGGUGAGAUGCUUCUUACGGCAUCCACGCCAUGCCAUGCCAUGCCAUGCCAUGCCAUGCCAUGCCUCGGAGAGGGUACCUUUUCACUGACAGAGAAUAUGAUUAAGAUCACAAGCAUCAGAGAUCGAGUUCUUUGAUGGAUUGACAAGCAGAAUUUAACGUGGCAGAUCCAGCCAUCUCGAAUGGUUUCAAGCUGCAAAUGGCUAACACACUGGCAAUUAAGAGCAGGCGAAAGAACACCGAGAAGGAGACAAACGCAAGCAUCUCUCUCUCUCUCUGAUGACCAACACUUUUUCUUCUCACUGUUUGUUCUCUCUCUCUUUUUUUGUUUUCGGUCUCGAGAUAUGAAGUGCGGAAACUAAUGAAUGAAUGAGCACGAUUAGUUAGCUGUUGCAAGAAGAAGCAUUCUACGUUUCGGAUGAUUAGUCAAAUGGAACAUCGAUACAUCACAUGGGAUUCUUCUGGUCGUUCUCCACAGGGAGAGGGAGAGGGGAGAGGGAGAUGGAGAUGGAGAUGGGACAGCCCCCACACCCUCCCUCCUCCUCCACCACCUCCUUCUCCUCUCUGUAUAAAAUGGCCAAUCCACCAGCUUUUCCCAGACAGCCACAGAGAGGGAAAAAAGGGGCAAGUGAGUUGCGCACUGCAACCUCUCUGCACCACCCACGUCCUUUGUUAGCUGUAGCGUUCCGUCUCUGCUUUCUUCCACCUCUUUGCUUGACCUACACUGACUGCCGCAGCUCAUCGGCUCCUCUGGCUCUUCGAUCCCGACAUGGGGUUCCCGGUUGGCUACUCUGAGCUCCCGAAGCUCCUCCUCCACCUGCUCUUCUUCUUCGCCCACCUGAGAAGGCUCAUCAACUGGGUCUUCCACUGCCUCGGCCUCGGCGCCCUGCUGGAGUCCGAAGCCCAGUGGCAUGACACGGACGCCCACGCCCAUUACCACCAGACGGGCCUUUGCUCGCUCCCGGCCGAGCUGAUCCAGGAGAGCUCGCCGGCGAUCCGGUUCCAGGAGCUGGUCACCGCGCAGCGCGGCCAUCGCUGCUUGCCGGAGAGCUGCGCGGUGUGCCUCUACGAGUUCGAGGGCGCCGACGAGGUCCGGCGGAUGGGAAACUGCCGCCACGUCUUCCACCGGCACUGCGUCGACCGGUGGCUGCAGCACGGGCAGUGCACCUGCCCUCUGUGCCGAGCGCCGCUUGUCCCCGGGGAGCUGCACGCCGACGGCUCUUUGUCUUACGACGAGGGACACCUGUGCUCCUUCCCGCUGCCGCCGGCGGUGUCUGCGCUGCGUCCCCUUCGGUUGCCUGCUUCCUAGCGAUAGAGAUCGGCGAGCGAGCAAGCAGUGUACAGAGGUGAUGGAAGCUGUGCAAAGCACAAAAGUCGGAUGCAAUAAGACAGGGAAGAAGACCAUCAAUCAUAGUGUGGGUUGGUUCUUCUCCUUGUACAGUCUUGGUUGGGAAUGAGGCUUGGGAGAGCGUGACAUGAAGCUUUCUUGAGGGUACUCUUGAGUGUUCCAAAGGAGUUUGGAGCUUGAGAGAGAGAAGGGUCUGCAACCUGUUCACUGCAGCACUUCCUUGGUUGGAUUGGAGGCUUGAGAGAAGAAGGAUCAAAAUCCUACUGGUGUGGGUUGAUUUUGAUGUGUAAUAUCUGCUCCCUUUCUUCUGACUUGAAUUACCAGCAAAAUUUUUUGUUGCUGGUUGCUUGUAAGGGUUGUAACUUUGGAUUGAAUGAGACUGAGAAACUUCUGCUUGGUUUUA